AAAAUCUCGGAUUUCGGAAAGAAUUUUCGAGUUUCGUCGUAUUCGGAGUGUCAAAAGUGGUCAAUUUCCAGAGUGUGUUUUUGCCUCGAAAGGUUUUCCUUUAAUAUUUAUCAAUAAAUCUCUGUUUUCAUUGCCUUCUAACACAGCUAAUCUCUUCCAGGAAUAUCCGAGAUCAUCCCUGGUUUAUACAGCGUUAGCAAAUACCUCAUAUUCUCAUAAUAGCGGCGAAAUCAUGGAGUUUGUGAAGCCCGGAAAUCACGUUCUUUAUGUGUGGAUCUCCAGAGUCCAGUCUGGCCUGGAGAAGGCCGUCAACGAGAUCCGGCAGCUCAGGGACGUGGUCGUGAGUGUGGAGAACUCCGAUCGCCUCGAGGAAUCCGCGUACGCCAACUCCACCUUCGACAUCAUCAUCUCGCACUGCUCCAGCGACAGCACGACCGCGGACAAGCUGAAACUCUUCCUGAACCUGGUCAAGCCGCAGAAGCCCGUGGUGUUCAUCUUCCUGAAGAGUGACGAAGCCACUCUGGACAGCUUUGAGUUUCAGCUCAAGACGUCUGGGUUCGUGAAUGUGCGGAAAAACGCAAGUCACGUGUUUGUGGCUGAGAAGCCCAAUUACGAGGUGGGAUCUUCAGUGAAGCUCUCCUUCGCCACGAAAAAGCCCACAGCAGCUGUGUGGAAGCUGGACGACGAUGAGGAUGAGGAGGCGGAAGUGAUCAAUGAGGACGAUUUGCUGGACGAGAGCGACAAGAAGAAACCCGACGAGGCGUCGCUGCGCGUCUGCGGCACCACGGGCAAACGGAAGGCGUGCAAGGAUUGCUCCUGCGGCCUGGCGGAGGAGCUCAGUGGCCAGAAGAAGGACACACCGAAGUCCUCGUGCGGCAGUUGCUAUCUGGGAGACGCUUUCCGCUGCGGCACGUGUCCUUACCUCGGCAUGCCCGCCUUCAAGCCCGGCGAGAAGAUUCAGCUGUCCAGCGACCAACUCAUGUCUACGUAAACUGAGCAGGAAGUGAUUCCCCACGAUUUCUGUAUUCCACACCUUUUGAAAUAAUCAAUAUCUUAUCA